AUGUAAAUUCAAUUAUUUGAUUGUUGAUUAUCAAUAACAAAUAUUAAUUAUUAUCGUCAACUGUCAUUAAAAGUAUUUAAAUAUGACCGAAGUGAAUUUUACGUGAAAAACUUUUUCAGUAUAUUAAAAUUUCUGCACGUUCUACAAGUGCGGAACAAAUACAUGAAUUGUUUAUAUUUAUAUUAAUGAAAUUUUAUUAUUAAUUGUCAAUCAAUCAACGAUGGAUGUCGAGAGACUUGCGAUUGUUGCUGGGGUCGGUUUUGCCCUGGCUGUUGGUGCUUUUGUCUUGUGGGGCCCAGGUCCAAGACCUAGAAAACGGGGAAAAGUCUCUGGUAUUUCUAAUUUAGGAUACACGUGCUUCUUAAAUUCUUUAUUGCAGGCUCUGGCAGCUUGUUCUACUUUUACACUAUGGCUUAAUGAGCAAGGAAAAAAAAAGAAAUCCAGCAGUUUUAUUAGUAAUUUAAUUUCAGUUAUUGAUAGAAUAAAUGGAUAUUCUGAAGAUUUGUACGAUGAUGUUGCCCCAAUAGAAGUUAUAACAUCUCUAGGACCAUUGUGGAAUUUUGAUCCAGGUCAUCAGGAUGCUCAUGAAUUAUUUCAUGUGAUUCUGAGCGCUUUGCAAAAUGAAAUUCAAACUCCGAAUCGAAAAGGUUGUCUUUCUGAUGCUCUUCCUGGACCAGAAGUAGCGCCAGACGUUAAAGGAUCUGGUGAUUCUAUAGCGCUACGUAGUGUAUCAUGCAACGAUAUUGCUCGAGUCCAAGCACAUCCCAACAACAUAGAUCUCCUUGACAAGAAUUCAAACCACUCUUUAGCUUUAUCAACACGAUCCAUUCCUCAUUUUUCCCUUUUUAACAAGCCAGGUGUAAUUCUUGCACGCUCUUCGGAAAUACUAAGCCGAGCACUCGGAGACUCGAUGGACUUUCAGAGUCCAUCAAAAAACUGGAACUCUCUUUGCGUUAUUCCUCAAACAAGCAGUUGUGUCUUGUCACACGAAACUCAUCCAUUUUCUGGGCUACUCACAAGUCAAUUAAAAUGCACGAACUGCAACUGGAAGUCAGCGGUGCGUUAUGAUAAAUUGGAAACUAUUUCUCUACCGUUACCUCCAGCUAGUGAAACUCUCACAUGGAGACGACAUACACUUUCUGAGUUAUUUUCGCGGCUUGUCACCAGCGAAGUAAUACAUAACGUCGAAUGCAAUGGAUGUACAUCGCACUGUGAAGCUAUCAAAACAUUGACACUUGGUAAAUUACCUCGAUGCUUGUGUCUUCACAUUCCUCGGACGACAUGGAGCGAUUCAGGGAUUCCUAUUAAACGCGAUGACCCGGUGAUAUUUCCUGAAAUUUUUGUACUUGAUCCAUUUACAUUUACUGAAUCUAAUAAACGCAAUACUCAGGCUACUCUACCAAUGAUGUUAAUUAAUAACGGCAGUAAUCAAGGUAAACAUCGUUAUAAGCUUCAAGCUGUUGUAGAACACCGAGGACCUGUUGAUGCGGGACAUUUUGUGUGCUAUCGGCGAGGUAAUCGUCCAGGUCAAUGGCUAUACACAUCAGAUACUAUAGUUGAAAAUAUGUCAUUGACAGAUGUACUUUGUGCAAGUCCUUAUCUCUUAUUUUAUGAGCGUAUUGCUGGAUAAUGAUUAAUAAUUAAUCAUUAGACUUCAGUAGAUAUACACAUAAUUUAAUUGAAUAAAUAAUAGUUGUGUAUGUUUGUCAUAUGAGACUGAAUACAUGGAUUAAAUCCUUAGACUGCUUUAAAAAUAUCAUGUAAUGAUUAAGAUUCGUUGGAUAUUAUUCCAUGGUAUUUAGAGGAGCAAUUUUUAAUACCAACCGAUAGUAUAGAUUUUAUCUUGUUUUAUUUUGUGCCAAACUAGUAAUGAUUUUAUUGUCGAACUAAUUGUUAAGAUUUUUUUCUACAUUUGUAACGAUAAGUUUAUUAAUUACUAAGAUAUUUACCGACGAGCUUAUAAAUGACUGAAGGCGUAAUUGUUCUCAAAAGUAUCGUACCAUGAAAAUUAUAAAUUUCACUUAAAAAUUAUAUUGUUUAUUUAAGACUUUAUUCUAUUGGAUGUCAUGAAGUUGUGAUAUAAUGGUUGAUUUGAUGAAUUUCUUUUUAAUUUGUUAUUGACGUUAAUCUAAAAUUUA